AUGACGCCAAACAAUGAACAAGGUUUCCCAAGUUUUCUAAGGUGGGUAAUAAGUGACAUCAGUACAACAAUCGAGAAAGACAUUAAUGAAGCUAUGAAAAAGGAAAAAGCUUGCAGUGAUGAACAACAACAAAUUUUGGAUGAGUACGGAAAGAAUAGGCAAGAAAAUAACACAGAUGCACUGAAGGAGCUUCACAGAGCACAAACACGAAGAGAUGAAGUAUUGGAAGAGCUUUCUGACUUGCAGGUUAAACAUGAAAAGCUUGUUAGCUUCAUUAAAGAAAAAAGCAAAAAACUUCAUGCAGCUGAUCUGAGUAAUGUGCAAAAUGAUAAGGAUCUUGUUGAUUUAUGUGUUGACACCUUGCAAGAAAUCAUUUCAUUUAACAAAACAUUAAAAAGUGAGGACGAACGUGAUGAUGAUAAGCAGGAGGAGGAGGAAGGUGAAAAAGUUGAGAAAAGUGGAAAAGGUGGUGAUGUGGAUGAUAGUGAUGAUGAUGGUAGUGAUGAUGAUGAUGAUGAGAAAGGUGAGAAAGGUAAGAAAGGUAGGAAAGGUGGUGAUCUGGAUGAUGAUGAUAGUGAUGAUGAUGAGGAGGAGGAGGAAGAGGGUAGCAAAGGUGGUGAUGAGGAGGAUAGAACUGAAUCCGAAAAGAAUGAAGUUUCAUCUGAAACUCCUAAAAAGCCGAGCUCACCUUCAUCAAAUACCAAUGAGGGAAAUGAAGAAAAGGAUAUGGAAGAUGGAAGUGAAUAUGACAAAGUAGUUGAUUCUGAAACUGCUAACAAGCCGAGGCCUUUAUCAAAGUCAAAUAAAAAAGAGGAUGGAAAGGAUGGAACAAGCCUGGGAGUUGAGUCUGAAACUGCUAACAAGCCGAGCACUUCUUUGCCAAAGACAAAUGAAGAUCAACAAGACCAUACGGACCUUGAUAACCAGGAUGUAAGGAAUACCACUCAAACUGCUGAAAUUGAUGAAGCUACGAUAAUCGCAGUUCAAUCCAUAUCUCAUGUGGACCCUAAAGGCAUGUUGCCGGUUGAAGAAGAUGUCCUUUUACUCACACAGGGAGAAGAUCCACAUAAUGAUCCUUAUACAUCAAUUGAUGACUUUCCAGACAACUUGUCUGAAACUGUUUUUAAAAGCUUGAAAAAGGUAGUUAUAGAACGGCACCAUCUGAAGUGA